CUCUCUGGCUUUCAUUUGCUCUCUCUUUCUCUCUGUUCAGUUCAUUUCUUGUCUCCAAUGGAGUUGGGUAGCAUUGUGGAGUUUCUUGAGAACAAGAGCAUUUUAGUCACCGGGGCUACUGGCUUUCUAGCAAAGAUUUUUGUAGAGAGGAUACUCAGGACUCAGCCAAAUGUGAAGAAGCUCUUUCUUCUUCUAAGAGCAGGAGAUACCAAGUCGGCCACCCAACGUCUGCAUAAUGAGGUGAUAGGGAAGGAGUUGUUUAGGGUUUUAAGGGAGAAACGGGCUUCAAAUUUCAACUCUUUUGUAUCCAAAAAACUGACUCCGGUUCCUGGUGAUAUCUCUUGCGAUAACUUGGGGGUGACAGACUCUAACUUGAGGGAAGAGAUGUGGAGAGAAGUUGACAUAGUUGUUAAUUUAGCUGCAACUACCAACUUUGAUGAAAGGUAUGAUGUUGCAUUGGGAAUCAAUACAUUGGGAGCUAGGCAUGUCCUGGACUUUGCGAAGAAGUGUGUGAAAAUAAAGAUGCUUCUCCAUGUAUCAACCGCUUAUGUGGCUGGAGAACAGUCUGGGCUCAUACUUGAGCAACCAUUCCAAAUGGGUGAGACCCUCAAUGGGACCUUUGGUCUAGACAUUGAAGAAGAAAAAAGGGUUAUGGAGGAAAGACUAGAUGAGCUCCAAUCAGAGGGAGCUACUCGAGAAGCUGUCACAUUGGCCAUGAAGGAUUUGGGCAUCCAAAGGGCAAAGAUGCAUGGAUGGCCAAAUACCUAUGUAUUUACAAAGGCAAUGGGUGAGAUGCUGUUAGGGCACUUGAAAGAAAAUCUUCCCCUUGUUAUUCUUCGCCCUACCAUCAUUAGCAGUACUUACAAAGAACCCUUCCCAGGUUGGGUUGAAGGAAUCAGAACCAUUGAUAGCUUUGCGGUUGGUUAUGGGAAAGGGCAAUUGACAUUCUUCCUCGGAGAUAUCGAGUCCAUUAUUGAUGUGAUACCAGCUGACAUGGUGGUGAAUUCCAUGAUUGUGGCCAUGGCGGCUCAUGCAAAUCAGCCUUGUGAGGUCAUUUAUCAAGUGGGGUCGUCCGUAACGAACCCUGUGAGAUACAGUAGUCUUCAUGAUUUCGGCCUCCGUUACUUCACCAAGAACCCAUGGAUUAACAAGGAUGGAAAGGCUGUUAAGGUUGGCAAAGUAACAGUGUUGAGCACCAUGGAUAGCUUCCACAGAUACAUGGCCCUCCGCUACUUGUUACUGUUAAAGGGAUUACAGUUUGUGAACACUGCAUUUUGUCAAUAUUUUCGCGGCACGUACACUGACCUCAACCGCAGGAUCAAGUUCUUGUUGCGGUUGAUAGAGCUCUACAAGCCGUACUUGUUCUUUAAGGGAGUUUUCGAUGACAUGAACACAGAAAAGCUGAGAAUGGCAGUGAGGGCGAGUGGUGCAGAGGCAGACUUGUUUUACUUCGAUCCUAAGUGCAUUGAUUGGGAAGACUACUUCAUGAACAUUCACAUUCCCGGGGCCGUAAAAUAUGUGUUCAAAUGAUCAUAGCUCGAGAGGAUUAUACAAUAAUGCCUGUUCAGUACAAAGAGUUUGCACUUGAAGGCAGUAUAAGUAUGUAUGGCUGCCGGCUAAACCUUCAUCAAGCUUAUUCAUUAUAAUUUCUGUCCUUGUCUAGCUAAUAAAUUUGUAUUGCUUAUAAUUUCAUGUUCUUGUCUAGCUAAUAAAGAAUUGUGGGAAUCAAGUCUAUGAAAAUAGCUCAUGAUGAGAGGAGGAUGUUAGGGUUGUAACGUGGUCAAAGUUAUUGUCAUGACAAACACCCAAUUCGUUAUUAAUACUAAUAAAAUUUCACAAUAUAGUUAUUAUGUUGCUUAAAA